AUGACAAAGCAACCUAUCCGCGUUAUUGCGCAACCACCUCCUCGUUUCCCUUCUCAGCCACAUCAUUAUCCUGCUUCAUCUACCGCUUCCGUUGCCCCCACUCUAUCGGUGAACACCUCACAAAGCGGAUCGAAUCAGCCCAAGUCCACCUAUGCUAUACCAACUAUUGGCGGUUUGCCGGUGACCAGGUGA